AUGGGGGCCCUGGGCCUGACCCUGGGGAUUUUCCACUACCUGGGGCUCUACCUCCAGCUGGGCGCCCCGGCGCGGGCCCCCGCGGCCAACGCCCUGUUCACAGAGACCCCGCAUGACAUGACGGCCCACGCCGGGGAGGACGUGGAGAUGGCCUGCUCCUUCCGAGGCAGCGGCUCCCCCUCCUACUCGCUCGAGAUCCAGUGGUGGUACGUUCGCAAUCACCGGGACUGGACAGACAAACAGACGUGGGCUUCAAACCAGCUAAAAGCAUCUCAGCAGGAAGAAACUGGGAAGGACGCGACGAAAAUAAGCGUGGUGAAGGUGGUCGGCAGUAACAUCUCCCACAAGCUGCGGCUCUCCAGGGUGAAGCCCACCGACGAGGGGACGUACGAGUGCCGGGUGAUCGAUUUCAGCGACAGCAAAGCCCGGCACCACAAGGUCAAGGCCUACCUGCGGGUGGAGCCGGAGGAGAGCUCUGAGGCACCCCACCACGGCUCCUCCGCCAGGCACGUGCAAGACACCCAGCUGCUGGGCGGCCAGCUCUCUGACCACGCCAGACUGAGCGGCACCCCCUCCCACCACCAGCACCACCACCACAAAAUGGGCAAAGAGCUGAGGAAGCGGGCGGCAGACACCUCCUGCCUGCUGUAG